AUGUCACAACAAAACGGAAUCGCAACUUUGCUUAAGGCCGAGAAGGAGGCUCAUGAGAUCGUUUCGAAGGCUAGAAAGUACAGACAGGACAAAUUGAAGCAAGCCAAAUCUGACGCUGCAAAAGAAAUUGAAGCAUACAAGGCUCAAAAGGACAAAGAUCUGAAGGAAUUUGAGUCUAAAAAUGCAGGUGGUGUAGGGAAACUAGAGGAGGAAGCUAGUGCUCAAGUUCAAGGCGAUUUGAAAGAAAUUGAAGAUGUGGUCGCCAAGAAACAGCAAGACAUCGUCAGACUUUUAGUUGAAGCUGUCAUUAAGCCAACGGCCGAAAUGCAUGUCAAUGCUGCUUAG